AUGGCCGAAUCCUCGAGCAACAAUAGUGCGGCUUCCCGCCAGCGACGGGCGCAACUGGCCCAGCAAUCUCAGCAAGCUCAGCAAGUUCAGCAAGCUCAGCUGGCCCAGCAUACGACAGCCACACCGUUGCAGCUGCAUAUCCGGCGCGAUUCCCGGCCUAGCGAGUCUAUUGACAUUGAGCGGCUGCUCUCGUCAUCCUUCUACCCCGGCUCAAACACCAAUUACACUUUUAAUGAUCCGUCGCCAUCCAGCAGCGCAGGCACAGUCUACGUUGACGACGACAACGCCGAUUAUCCCGAGCGGCGGGCCAUUGACCCAGAAUCCCCUGACAACGACAAGCCCGCAAAGACCAAGAAGAAGGCGCCUGCGCUGGGAAAGGCUGCAGGCACAAAAAGAAAAACAGAUGCUGGCGACAAUGAAGGCCCAGGCGAGCGUCGCCGAAAGCAGAUUCGCGAAGCGCAGCGCGCAUACCGACAGCGAAAGAUAUCACAGACAGCCUAUCUCGAAGAGAGAGUACGGCAGCUAGAAGGCGCCAUAGAGAACAUGAGCUCCGUGGUGCUCUCUUUUAGCGAGGAGCUCAUCGGCUCCAAUAUUCUCUCCUGCCAGAGCGACCUCACCAGCCGUCUGCGCGAUGCCCUAGCCACAUGCCUCACACUCGUCCGCGAAACCGGCACCGGGUCCAUGGAGCACGAACCGGCCGCCGAACCGAGUAUCCAGCACAGCAUGGCUCUCGUGCCAUCCUCGAUCCCGCCCGCGAUGCCCAACAAGCCCACCAGCAUCAAGAACAUCUUCGGCAACAAGCCCUACCCCGACAUGAACACCAGCAUGCCGGUCGCCGCCUUCAUGGACAUGCUCGCGACCUCGGCCGUCUACUACGGCUACCUCGCCCUCGCAGACCCCACGCUCUCGACGACGCGCCUCCACCGCCACUUUGGCCUCCCUCUGCAGCUCAUGAACCGCGACAAGCUGCUGUCGUACUUUUCCCACCUCUUCCAGACGCGCCUCUGCCGCGCGCAGAUUGCCGGCGACGAGCGGCCCGCCAAGCCAGGCAUGCCCUUUUUCAGCAUCGGCGGCGCCGGCACGCACUACUCGCCCGUGCUGGCGACGAGCGUGUCGACGUCAUCGUCGUCGUCGUCGAGGGCCGCGGUCGGCGCGCCGCCGCUCUCGCUGCCGUGGGCCAACACGGCCGAUCAGUGCUCGACGUACUCGGAGCGCAGGAACGAAUGGACCGUUCCGAUGGACCCGUCGAGCGUGCCGGCGAAUAUACAAGAUCGCUUCGAGGGUGACUGGUUCGACAUGCAGGACCUGGAGCUCUAUUUAUUAGAAAGGGGCGUCAGCCUGCGGAUGAAGCCGGAGAAGGAGUCCCACGGCGAUAUAAAUGUUCCUUUAUUCUUAAGAGGCCUCAUGCUAAACACGACCUGUCUGGGCCAGUCUCCAGGGUUCCGGCGUCGCGACGUCGAGAUAGCGAUGCAGGCCGCCCAGUGCGGGCCGCAGGCGUAG